GCCGAAUUCCGGAAAUGACAUGGCUGCCUCCUUGCGUGAAGCUCUUUCUCCUGUCUCCGCGUAAUAGUCUUGAGUUUUUGCUUUUUGCGUGUGGACCCCCUCUGGCAACUGUCGCUGUUUUCCAUCGGGUCGCCGUCGCGUGGAUCUAAGCAUGGGCACCGUCCACGCCAGGAGCCUGGACCCUCUGCCCAUGCAGGGUCCUGAGCUGGGAGUUCACGCUGACGACAUUGAGCCUCCUGAUAUGGACCAGGAACCCAAGCAGGAAAUUCUGGAAAACAAGGAUGUGGUGGUCCAGCGGGUGCAUAUAGACGGGCUCGGGAGGACCAAGGAGGACCUGCUUUCCUAUGAGAUCUCUGAUGUUUUCCGAGCAAGGAAUUUAAUUGAUGUAAUGAAAAGAUCCCACGAAGCCAGGCAGAAGCUGCUUCGUCUUGGAAUCUUCCGGAAAGUUGAAGUCGUUAUUGACACCUCCAGGGGUGAAGACGCUCUCCCCAACGGCCUCGAUGUGACGUUCGAGGUCACCGAGCUGAGGCGGAUGACCGGCAGUUACAACACUAUGGUCGGGAACAAUGAAGGAAGCAUGGUGCUCGGAAUGAAGCUGCCCAAUGUGUUUGGCCGGGCCGAGAAGCUCACCUUUCAGUUCUCCUACGGCACCAAAGAGACAUCCUACGGCCUUUCCUUUUUCAAACCGCAAGUGGGGAACUUUGAACGCAACAUCACACUCAACGCCUACAAAGUAACCGGACAGUUUCCGUGGAGUUCGCUGAGGGAGACGGAUCGUGGCGUCUCAGCCGAGCUAAAUUUUCCUCUAUGGAAGACCAACCAAACCCUGAAGUGGGAAGGCGUGUGGAGAGAUUUAGGAUGUCUGGCUCGCACCGCCUCCUUCGCUGUUCGGGAGGAGAGUGGACAUUCUCUCAAGUCUUCACUCGCGCAUGCCAUGGUCAUCGACACCAGAAACUCCUCCAUCCUGCCAAGGAAAGGCGGCCUCUUGAAAAUCCAUCAGGAGCUUGCUGGUUACACGGGAGGAGAUGCCAGUUUCCUCAAGGAGGACUUUGAAAUUCAGCUCAAUAAAAGCCUCUUCUGGGACUCUGUUCUGUCUGCCUCCUUGUGGGGCGGUUUGCUGUUGCCUAUUGGUGACAAGCCAACAAGCAUAGCAGACAGGUUUUAUCUGGGUGGCCCGACCAGUAUUCGAGGUUUCAGCAUGUACAGCAUGGGCCCGCAAAGUGAAGGCGAUUACCUAGGAGGAGAAGCUUACUGGGCAGGCGGCGUUCACCUCUACACUCCGCUGCCCUUCCGGCCUGGCAGGGGGGGCUUUGGCGACCUCUUCCGAACGCAUUUCUUCCUCAACGCCGGGAACCUUUGUAACCUUAACUACGGGGAGGGCCCUCAAGCACAUUUGAAGAAGCUGGCAGAGUGCAUCCGCUGGUCAUAUGGGCUUGGCAUCGUGUUGCGUUUAGGCAACAUUGCCAGACUGGAGCUGAAUUACUGCAUUCCCAUGGGAGUUCAGAGUGGAGACAGGAUAUGUGAUGGGGUCCAAUUUGGGGCAGGAAUACGGUUCCUCUGAAGCCGCCAUUCAACAGGAAUGCCAAUCUUGUUGCUGAAAGGAAAGACCGCUUGUCGUAGAUGUUUGUUUGCAACUUAUCACUUUGUUGAUAAACAUGUUUGCACUGAA